AUUUUUGUGACUCUUUAGCUCUUUAGCUCUUUAGUUCCAAAGCAACUUGCUGUGCAUCCGAGGUAUACAUUUUAUAAACAUUACCUGCAAACCCACACCCUUGAGUUGCCUGCUUUAGCUUAACUACCGGAACGUUUUUACUUCUUUAUUUUUAGGCAUGGACGGUGCGCACAUUUUGUCACUUAAACUCUCUUUUAUGACAAGCAAGAGUCAUUUUUACUUGUGGUCUUUUAGGGAAAUGUAAGAGAGGUUCGUGAGAUCAGCUGUUUAUAUCCACAACAAGCAGGGACAUGAAAAGCAUCAGGUUAGGAAGGGCUCUGCCUACAAGUCGGGGCAGCUUUAAAACGCAAUGCUCUCAAGGGAAAAGAAGAAGUCCAGGCAGAACUCUCCUGCGCUGUUCACAGACAUCUGGAAUCAGUUGAUACAAUGGAUCUGGAAAAUAACUCCACUAAGGAGAAGACUUGCCAGGAUUUCAUUGACGAAAACAAGCCACUGUACAUUUUCUACUCAUCUGUUGUCGGCUUGGAGUUUGUUUUGGGUCUCCUUCUGAACAUCACUGUCAUUCAUGUCUUCAUCUUCAAACUCAAAUUCUGGAAAUCUAAAACCAUCUACAUUUUCCUGUUCAAUCUGGUCUUGGCUGACAUUUUGUUGCUGAUCGGUUUGCCCGUGAAGGCUUAUAACUUCCAACAGUGCAAUGAAAACAAGGUGGUGUGUAAAGUUCAACUCUUCCUGCAGUUUCUCAACCGAGGAGCCAGCAUCGCCUUUCUGACCGUCGUCUCCGUUUAUCGUUAUUACAGUGUGGUUCAUCCCAAGAAGAAGAACGUCCUGAGGAUUCUGAAGCGAUCUCCUCAGAUUUCUGUCUUAAUCUGGGUGCUCCUGGGGAUUCUGACUAUUCCAGCCAUGAUGCAAAGCUUUAUCAAUUGCAACAGCAAUGAAACGGACGAGCUCAACGUUGUGGUUCUAUUGAGGGAAAUUGUGUUUUUUACACAGAUUUUCAUACCCUUUUUUGUUCUUGUGUAUUGUUCGUUACGGAUUAUCGGCAGACUUAAACAGAGAUCGGUGGGGGACAAUACAAAGCUCAAGAGAGCAAUGAUCCUGGUCACCGGAGUCGUACUGGUUUUCGCUCUUUGCUUUCUGCCCUACGCUUUCACACGAGUAGUGCAUCUAAUGCGCAUCGGGAACGUGAUGUCUAACGAAAAACGUUCUGUUGGUAAAUUAUACGACGGUUUUGUUUGUCUGUCGUAUUUAAAUUGCCUGUUGGAUCCAAUCCUGUACUGUCUGAGCAGCACCAAAUUUAAGAAGUUAUACGUGUCGAUUUAUUUUCCCAGUCGGGUGGAGAAGGAACCGACAGAGACGUCAGAAGAAAACUCAUAAGUCUUUACAGAAACUAUGCCAGAUGAAAAAAAAGUUUUUAAGAACUGUGUCUGCACUGUUUUUAGCACAUUUUGAAUUUUAAGAUAGCUAUGCAUUUUUGAAUGUUUUUACCAACACCAAAAUGUGAAAUAUGCAUGGUUUUAAAAAAGCAAAAAUGUUUAGAUAAAGUAUUUGAACAUUUUAAUAAUCUUUGUUAAAGCUAACAUUAUAAAAUGCUCCAGUACCGACAAUUUAGUUUUAGAUUGCUUUCUAAAUACAUUAUGAAGUGCAGAAUGACGAUGAUGAUGAUGUCAUCUGUAAAUGUGACGUCAAUCACCGUUUACAGUCUGGUUAUUGCACAAAAUGGAGUUUCUAGUUUGAUAUCAGUCAUGUGACCUAAAUCUGAGUCACAGUGGUCUGGUUUCUCUACAACAACAAACUAAAGAUUCUGUUACAUUCUCUGGCAGGCACAGAGAAAGAGUUAUAAUUUAAUUUUAGUCUACAAAACGUGCAUGUAUUACGAGUUGUAUAUUUUGUGUAAAUAUGUUAAGAAAUAUGAUUUUUUACCAUGCCACUGUAAAUAAUAUACUGCAAAAAUGAUUUUUCUUGCUCAGUAUUUUAGUCUUACAGUAGAAAUAUCUACAAAUUCUGAGAUCCAGAGACAUUUCAUUUAGGAGCAAAAUGACUUUAUUUGCUGAUGGGCUAAGAAAAUUUUACUAAAUUCAAAUGGAAACCCGAUUAUUAAAAAAAAAGACGUAUUGUGUUAAAGUUUUAUGCAUAAACUUAUUACAUUUUGAUACAUUUUUCAACUUUUGGGGAUAAUAUUCAUAUAUUUGUACUGCAAAGACAGAAUACUAAGAUUUGUUUUCAGUGAUUCACUUCCUCUGCAAGUGUUGUAAACAUAUGUAGCAUAUGUAACAUGUUUUUAUGCUAUAUAUAUAUCAAUCAUCUGCCUUAAACAAGUUUAGAAACCUAAAAUUUUUCCUUUGAAUUAUUGUUAAGGGUUGUAACCCUAAUAGGAACCAUAGACAUCAGUUGCUAUGUACUUUUUGGCUGAUUCGGUUUAUACAAUCUGUCAUUUAAGAUCUUCUACUGAGAUCAGAAAUCAAAACUUUAUUUCACUGCUGUGAUGUAUAAAGCGACAGUGUUACAACACUCUCUAGUGCAUAACGCUAAGUAAACGGUAUGUCUUGGUUAUUACCAGUGCCCUCUGGCUCAUUCUCCACCUCACCAAACAAUGUGGGUUUGGUUGAGCUUUCCUUCAAAGCAGCUGCAUUUUCGGUGAGGUUGACAGGAACGGUGUGUGGAAAGCCUGAAGUUGUCUGGGCUUGCAGCUGUGUUAAGAAUGUAGGAGAUAAAAUCAGCCCUGAAACAAAAAGUGGAAAUUUGAAACUAGAAAAGAAAUAAAAUAUGCUUUGGGUUUAUAAUACUAACAUCACAGACUCAAUCCCAUGUGGGGUGAGUGACUUUUCUCAAGGUUGCAAAAGGAAGGUCUUGUUAUUUGUAUUGUGCUGUAUAUAAAACGUUCCUGCUAAAUGUGUGACUAUUUUACUGAAUGUAAGAGGUGAGGAUCUACCUGGACUGAUGAGAGAAAGCAGUGCAUUGUGUUCCUGCAAAACCUUCUGCAGCUGCUUCACCUGAAGCAGCAGCUCACCCUGACAUGGACUCUAUGAUUGAAUGUAAAAUAUAGAUGUACAGUACAAUAAACCUAGAAACAUAUUAAAUAUAAAUAUA